AUGACUGAUGAUGCAGACGAGUUUCCAUUUGUUGUUCAUAUUCCAGAUGCUAUGUUGAGGCGUGUUGAUCCUACGAAUGUUGUUUUGGUAGCAUAUUUAAAAAACAUUGAUCCUACUGUUCAAACGGGGAUAUUGUUGCCAAGGGAAGAUAAGAAGUCUAAAUGUUCGAAUAAGAAUGAACCGGGUUCUUCUGAAAAGCUUGUUUCUGAAACCACGUCAAAGAAGUCUCUAAAGAAGAAGCCUACUGAAGUUAAAGUGGUAAAUGAAGUAUCUGUUGAUGUGACUAUUCCGCUUGAACCUACUAUUGAAGAUACUCAAGAAAAAGUGGUUAUUCCUUCGAAGACUAGUGUUUUUCGAAAAAUAAAAAUGAAGUCUAAGCAUACACACAAGUCUCCAACUCUUAAUGUGGUACGAAAGCCUCAUCUUACUCAUCAGUGUGUAGUUUUUUGUGAAAUACCGGCUCCUGUUUCUCCAUCAUCUAAGAAACAAAUGGCUGAAGAUAUGGCUAAACAGUUUUCUCAAAGGGAGAAGAAGAAUACACAAAAGCUUAUUAUAACAACCGAAUCCACAGAAGAUGAAGGUGAACGAAUUCUUGAAACACCUGAAGCAAAUCUUCACAAGGAAAGUUCAACUCCUGAGCAGACAAUGGUCAUACCACCCGAAGAUUCAUCUGCCAAGUCAUCUCAUGAGGAAGCACGAACUUCAGACAUCAAUGAAAAUUUAUCUCAUACAGAUGUAAAUGUCAACAUGGGUGAAGGAGAUGUGAAGACAGAAGCUCAAGGUAAUCCUGAUACGAUUGUUUCAUUACCUCCACAAAUCAGACCGAUUACUUCAACCACAGACUCACCCACAUUCAAAAAUAUUAUCAAUCAAACCUUUACUUCCAUUUUUUAUUCUCAAUCCACUGAUCCACCAAAAACCAAUUCCCCUUCUAAAGACUCAAUUUUUAUGGAAAUGGAUACUGACAAUGAGGGUUUUGGAGGAACCUUUGAGGAAUUGGAGUUUGACGAUGCAGAACAAGAUUUUCCAGAUCAUAUGCUGAUGACGAUGAAACAGUUUAAGAUAUUGAAUACAAAGUUGAAUUCCAUACUUUAA